AUGGAUUCACCGCCAGCGAAACCUCCGCGGGGUGUUAAAUAUACCAAAGAAACGAGCGGCUGUGGGCUGCUGGUUUCCGUGAUCAAAACCCUCGAUGCUAGUGAAACGAACGAACAGCGCGAACGGGAAAAGCUAAAGAUCGAACGAGAGUUCCGUAAAACUGAUCAACGCUUGAACGAACUCGUUUCGCGCAGCGAUGGCGACCUUACGCGUGUCAUGCAGCUCUUCGGCAAGGUGUCGACCGAGGUUACGGCCUCCCGGGAACGGAUCCACGUCGUGAAAGAAAAUCUGCAAUCAUGCAAGCAGCUGCUGCGAUGCCGGCGCGACGAGCUGAAGAAACUCUACACCGAUGCCAUCCAGCACAAGUACGUGCUCGAAAUGCUGGAUCAUAUCACCGAGAUUCGUAAGGUUCCAGUACAGCUGAGCGCUUACAUGGCGAAGAAGCAUUACCUACACGCCACCAAGCUGUUAAUGGCAUCAAUCGAAACGACGGACGGCAAACUGAGGGGCGUUGAAGGGUUGAACGAUCUACGGCAGGACUUCCAGAACCGUCGCCAACAACUGUACGCCAAGCUGCUAGAGGAACUGAAUAAACAUCUGUACGUGUCGAGCACGGUUGACGUGCUGCAGAGCUUCCAGCGACAAUCAUCCGGUCGAAACAGCCAGUACGCAAAUGGGACAUCGCCGUUUCAGAGAAACGUACUGCGCCGCUCCGCCGAACGGGUGGAGGCAAACACGAAAGCUCGCAAGGCGUUGUUUGAGAUCUCCAAAAAUGGAUUCCUGGAUGCGGAUAAGAGCGAAAUCAUCGAGGACACGGAGCUGCUCGAUCCGGAUGUCAAUUCGUCAUAUUUUUUGAGUAUAAUUGUUGAAUGCUUUGCAUUAUUACAAAAAGUGCCUGAAUCGAUUGAGUCAAUAAAAGUACAAAUGCAAAGCGAACUACUGGCGAUCGUCACAAAAUCUACUCACGAUUGGCUCAGAUCCGGCGCAACCCACCCAGCCGGUCCGAUUCUCGAACUGCUCGAGCUAGUCUUUAAGCAGUUCAAGCUGAUCGCCAACGCGCAUCAACAGACGCUAAGAAACUACGGCAACGUCAUACAGCGUUACAACAUUCCGCAAGUGAAGCCUUACGACAUCAUCGAGUACUGGGGCCAGGCGCAAGCCGUCCUAAAACUCGUCCUAACCGACUAUCUCGAUAUCCAGAACGACAGCGGGGACGAGGCACUACUAUUGCGUGGUCAAUUUACGGAGCAAUCCACCAACGUUAACGCGUUCUUCAGCCGUCGGAAAACCCCUGGCAAGAAGCUGCUGUUUCGCUUCGACAAAUCUUCGCACACGGCCGACGCUGGCGGAUCGCUGGGGUCUGACGCCGAAGCAAACCAGUCGAAAGAACACCGACGCAAUCUGUCGAACGUGUCAAACAGUACGCCAAAGGAGGACGUGCUGCUGAAUAGCUCAGCGGUCAAUGGCACGGCUGCGUCGGCGGCAGAGCGCAGGAAGCGAGAACGUGCGCUGGUUUGUCCAGCCGAUGCGUCGUUGGUGCGAAAGAUAUAUCUUCCGCUGAUGGGCUACAUUCAGGAGAUAGAGAGUUUCAUGAAGUGCAAAUCGGGGCAGCCGUGCAGUUUAAAUAGCUUCCUGGCGAACUACGUAAAGGACGCUUAUCUGGCUCGUGGCCACAACCGGAAUCUGCAGUUAACGAUCGAGUCACUUUCGAAAGCGCAGGAUGCGUGGCGAACCAUCAUCAGCCCGGAGGAGAUGAAACGUUUGGGAUUAUCGCGACCUCUGCUUCAAAACACUCUCAUCGUCGAGAAUCGAAUUGCUGAAACCAAGAGGCUUAUUCAAGAUCUUCCCACCUACUCCGACGAACUGCUGAAAAUGGUCUGUUCGCUGCUGAAAACGUACCGCGAGACGUGCCAGGCUGCCUACCGGGGCAUCGUGCAACCGGAAACGGAAGACAAGCGAAUCUACAGCGUCGCCUGGCUUAAGGACGACGAUAUAACGCGAUUCUUGAAAUCGCUACCGAACUGGACAGAUCUGAAGCUAUCGAACGCGCGAUUGCGACAGUUGCAGCAAAAGCGCAUGAUCAAAACGGAACCCUCGGAGGAGGAAAGCCCAGCGCAAGUGCAGCAACGCAACGUCCGCGAGGCGGAAAUGCUGACGAGCAAUCUGGGUGAGGGUGGCAUCUCCCAGCAGGAGAUACUGUCCGACGUUGGCGUGCUGAAGGAGCUGGCCAUACUGCAGGAAAGCAUGGAGUGGUUCGCUAAUCGCAUUACCGAGUUCGCUCAGGAUCUCAAAAAGCCGAUCGUUAACGGGAUGGUAGCGGCCUCUCCGGUGUCCACGCCCGGAUCUCCCCUGCCAGCCGGAACGGCCACUAUCGUCAACAGUCCGGUGAUCGUGAAGGACGGCAUGAUUAAGGUGUUGAUCAAUCUGGCACUCGAGUUCGAAGAGCUGGCCAAUACCUGCCUGUUGGUGUUGCAUCUCGAGGUGAGAGUGCAGUGUUUCCACUAUCUCCGCUCGAGCCCAUCCGAUCGGUACAAGGCGAACAAUCCGAACAAAAAUGAUUCGCUCGAACCAGACGCCAAGGUGCUGAAGCUAACGAAGGUGCUAUCGGAUAUGGAUGAGGCGCUUAGCUCCACGCUGCAUCCAAGGAAAACUAAGUACGUCUUCGAGGGUCUUGCCCAUUUGGCCGCACGUAUUCUCAUCAUGGCCGCAAACUCUAUGGAGUACAUCGACCACUCGGGCGUCCAGCGGAUGUGUCGGAAUGCGUUGGCGUUGCAGCAAACGCUGAGCAGCAUAACGGCGUCGCGUGAGAUUGCUCUCGAUUACGCACGAUCAUUCUACGAAAUGUUUUAUCUAGAUCCUGAGGAAAUUCUCACCGCAAUCGUGGAGCGAGGCGCCCAGUUUACGGAGAUGCAAUAUCUAAACGCGCUGCAGCUGAUCUUUCGAAAUCGAGGCAUCGUCGAUCCGGCAGUCGUUGGCACUUAUCAGCAAAAGCUCUCGGAUCUGCUCGGUACGAAACCUCCACUCGGGGUGACCGUUUAACAGACAGCGGUGAUUGAGCGGAACAUAUUUGUACUCUAGCAAUAACUGCCGUGAUGAGUGAUGUACAGACGAUCGUUAUUUAGCGUACCAAGAGUGUGAAGCAGCGACCUGUUGAUAGGACGAGGUGGAAUAAAAAGUUGCAAUGCUGCUUGCUUGGCUCCGGUUGUUAUAUGCCUUCAGAUGGCGAGCGGCUUGUUUUAUCUGCUCUUGCUACAUCCAAGUUGAGGUGAAUCGCGACGAUAGGUUAAACGAGCAACAAUAACUACUAACGAAAUCUACUACUCUCAACUAAUGGUAGCGUUGGCUGUAGGCAAUGUGCGUUAUUUCGUGAACUGUUCGUGGUUCCUUUCUAAUAGAAUCGUUCCUUAGUGCCCGCUUUACAAAACUCCUACCAUAUGAAUACAUGCAGAAACCCGUGGAUGAUUUACUGUGAUGGACGAAGAACCUAUUCCAUUGAACUGUACGCUCUCAAUAAAUCCCAUUUCGUUUCGAGAUGCAU